AUUUACGUUUCAUUUUAGCGACAACUCCGAGACGAUGGCGAGCGAGUGUGGUGUCCAGCCGUUUGUGACUCAUUUCCAAGGAAAGACGAAGCUUACUUCCUGUGAUUUUCUGAAGAUUUUCAGGGAGUUCGAUAAAGACGGAAAUGGUUUUAUCGAAGCUGGAGAAUUAGAUGAAUUCCUUAAAGCUCUCUGGAAAGAAGGCCACCCUGGAAAGAAUGAGCCAGACUCAAACGAAAUUGACAGUAUGAAGGAGGCAAUUUUGCAGAAAUUUGACGACAAUUUUGACAGAAAGAUCAAUUUGGAAGAGCUUGCAAAGAUUCUUCCAACCGAGGAGAACUUUUUGGCACAAUUUCAGCACACUACUAAUUUGACAAGCGUCGACUUUUUCAAGGUGUGGACUCAUUAUGAUUUGGACCGUUCAGGUUACAUCGAGAGCAACGAGCUUGAGGGAUUCUUAGUGGACCUGCUUGGGAGAGAGGGAAUGUCGCUGGACCCGCAAAGGGUCUGUGACUAUAAAGAUGCCAUGCUGGAUUUGUUUGAUAAAAACAAAGAUGGAAAGUUGUCCCUGUCUGAAAUGUCAAAGAUACUCCCUAUGGAGGAAAACUUUCUGAACAGGAAAAUAAAUGACGCUCAGUUCGAUGACAUAUGGAACAAGUAUGAUCAGGAUGGCAGUGGUUUCAUUGCUGACGAUGAAAUUGACGCCCUCAUCCACGAUCUCUUGAAGAGGAAUAGCGAAGGAGAAGUGGAAGUCGAAGAUAUUAAAAAAUUCAAGGCCGUGCUAAUGGAAUCUUUUGACACCAAUAAAGAUGGAAAGAUUGGGAAAGACGAGCUAAAACUAUUGCUCGUUGCACAGAAGUCCUAAGAGACAAUUUCGUCCACUAAACCUUGUAAUAAUACGAUAAGUAAAGAUAAAUAUAGCUGUUCAACUUUCUGCAUGGCGUAGAUAUUAAUUAAUUACUAGUUUAAUAAAGUGUUUUGGUUUUGGCCGACCAA